CCACCCGAGUCUGCAGAUCUCAUUCUCCGUCUUAAGUUCGGAGUUCGGAACCUUUCAGAAAUGCAGCCGCUCCGGCUUGCGAAUCUAGCGGCCCUUGCGGUCACGCUACUCCUCUUAGCCACCGCCACAACCCAUGCACACAACAUAACCCGCAUUCUGGAGAAGCACCCCGACUUCUCCACCUUCAACAAGUACCUAACACUAACUCACCUUGCGCCGGAGAUCAACCAGCGAACCACCAUAACAGUGUGCGCCGUUGAUAACGGUGCCAUGAACGAGCUGCUAUCAAAGCACCCUUCCAUCAACACUCUGAAGAACAUCCUGUCCCUCCACGUCCUCCUCGACUACUUUGGCGCCAAGAAGCUCCACCAGAUCACCAACGGCACCGCCCUUGCCGCCACUAUGUUUCAGGCCACAGGAACCGCCCCCGGCUCCAUGGGAUUCGUCAACAUCACCGACCUCCGAGGCGGAAAGGUGGGCUUCGGCGCCGAGAAUAACGGCGGGGCCCUCUCCGCAUUCUUCGUGAAAUCGUUGGAGGAAAUCCCUUACAACAUAUCCAUAAUACAGAUCAGCAAGCCACUCCCCUCGGCCGCAGCGGAAGCCCCUACACCCGCACCCAGCCAGCAAAAUCUCACCUCCAUAAUGUCCCGCCAUGGCUGCAAGGUCUUCGCCGACACCCUCUCUGCCUCCCCCGACGCUAUGUCCACCUUUUCUGACAAUGUGGAUGGCGGACUCACCGUCUUCUGCCCCAUGGAUGACGCCUUUAAGGCAUUCCUACCCAAGUAUAAGAACCUAACUGCAGCUGGGAAGGCGUCGUUGCUGGAGUACCAUGCUACGCCUGUUUAUGAGAGCAUGGCUAUGUUGAAGUCAAACAAUGGUUUGAUGAACACGCUUGCUACCGAUGGAGCCAGCAAGUUUGACUUCACCGUGCAGAAUGACGGUGAUCAAGUCACGCUCAAGACCAAGAUUGUUACUGCCAAGAUCACUGGCACGCUCAUUGACGAGGACCCGCUCGCGAUCUACACCAUUGAUAAGGUUCUGCUUCCCAGGGAGCUUUUCAAGGCCCCGGCUCCGUCUCCUGCGCCGGCUCCCGCACCGGAGCCAGCCACCGCGGACGCUCCUGCAUCGCCGAAGAAAGGGGGAAAGAAGAAGCAGAAGGCGGCCGACGCGCCGGCAGAUGAGGAAACAGCGCCUGCGGAUUCGCCCAGUGACGCCGCCGAUGAGAGUGCUGACGACGGUAAUGGCGCUGUUAGGUUUAACGGCGCGAGGUACGUUAACGUCAUCUUCGUAGUUGUGGCUUUGUGCUUUGGGUUUUCGUUGCUGUAAACUGUGACCUCUGUAACAAAAAGAGAAAGAAAAGCUAAUUACUUAAAUUAUAAGGCUCUGUUGCUGUUACUGUUGCCGUUGUUUUAGCUAGGAGUUAAAGGGAAUUUGAAAUGGUGUUUCCUUUAGCAUUUUUCUUUGACUGUUUGUAUUUUUAGUUGAUUAACUAUUUUGUUGACGAUGUAAUUUAAUUUUGGCGGUGAGUGAUUGUAAUGUAAUUGUAAAGCUGCAAAGCUGAAAAUUGAAAAUUGAGUUUGCCUUA